AUGUCGUUAUCAGCCUUACACGAGGAAUCAAUUCGUAAAGGUCUUCUGAGAAUCAAUGGUUUGGGGUUGCCUCACUGGUCAUUGACGGUUUUGGAUACGGUUCCACCUUCUCAUGUUUUGGAAGUUCAUUACAAGUUGAAAAAUUUUAAAAAAACUUGGGAGUUUUUGAAUUUGAUUGCUAAGCAAGCAGAUUUGAAGAAACAUCAUCCAAAGAUUACAACCGUAUACAAUAAAAUUGAUAUUGAAUUAACGACUCAUGACGUGGGAAAUAACAUAACGGAAGCAGAUAUUGGGCUUGCUCAAGCUAUACAUCAAGAGUUUCAAAAACUAGAGAAUCCUGAAAGCGGAAGCAAAUGA